AAAUGUCAAAUUUUUGACAUGACUUCUGUGUUAUGUACAUCAGUCGGAUCAGUCGUCGGAGUGAUGAAAAUAUCUUGUCGAUUUUAAAGUAAAUUUCCAACCGAGAACUAGUAAACACUUAGACUAAAAAAGUAGUGAUUCCGGUAAGGAGGCGAUGUCAGAGAUCAUGGAAGUUGCAAGCAACUCUUUAAGUGGCCUGUGUCGGGUAUGUGCAAAACAGUCGGAUAAAGUUAUUGACCUAUUUACUGCUGAACAUAAUGGCAAAAGAUUCGUGGAUAUGCUUGUGUUUUGCCUGAAGCAACUGGUUCAUGAUAACGAUGGAUUCCCUGGAAUCAUUUGCGAUGAGUGUGGCACGGAUUUGAUCAAAGUGUAUGCAUUCCAUACACGUUACAAUGACAGCGAACAGCAUUUUCGACGAAUUCUGUCUCCGACAGUGAACAGAGUUAAAGUGGAAGUCGAAAGUGAAUCUGAUGAGCAGUGCCAAAACCAAAUAAAAACAGAAAAUGACGGACACAUCGUCGUUCUUCCCGAUAUCAGUUACUUUGAACAUUUCGAAACGCAGAGAGCACAGGACACUACGGCACAUGAUUCCAGUCGGUUUUACAAAGAGGAUCCGAUACAGAGGCGCCCGAAGAAUCCAAAAAAGAGUUCCGAAAGUAAAAAGACAAGACAGCGAAUGUCAUCCGACGGACACAAAUCGGAACUGUUCGAAUGUUUUCAGUGCAAGAAAUGCUUCAAUCGAUUCAGCAGCCUACAGCGACACGCCAGCACUCAUGCCGAUAAAGAAAAACCGUACGAAUGCACCGAGUGUCGGAUUCAAUUUGUCUACAUGAAAAGUUUGUUUCGUCAUCGUCGCCAGAAGCAUCCGGAACGUGUCUACGAAUGUGAAUACUGUCCGGAAGCGUUUGCUAGUCUGUCGAAAUUGAAAAGACACGCCCACGGUGUACAUAAAGAUGAAUUGAAGCCGUACAAAUGCGAUCUGUGCUCGAAAAUGUUCGUGCUUCGCUUUCAAUUGGCAUGCCAUCAGACCGACGACGUAUGCUCACAGAAUUUCCAAUGUACAAGUUGUGAUGAAACGUUUCCCUUGCAUCGUAUGCUGAAGACUCACAUUCGAGACAAACACACGAAUCAUUUAUGCGCAGAAUGUGGCAAAACAUUCAAGACCGUUCACCUAUUGGCUAGCCAUCAAAAUUUACACAAAUCAGACACCCCGUUCGCCUGCGAGCUGUGUCCUAAUCGUUUCAAGUGGAAGGCUGCUUUGACUACCCACAUGUUGGUCCAUACUGGGCAGAAGAAACAUGUCUGUGACAUAUGUGGCUCAUCGUUCACGACGAAAGGUUCCCUGAAUAAGCACCACUUAAUACAUACGGGAACUCGUCCUUUUCCAUGCGAAACGUGUUCGAUGCGCUUUUAUUCCAAGGACCAUCUCAAACGACACAUCAGAACUCACAGCGGAGAGAAACCCUACAAAUGCAACUAUUGUGAUAGAGCGUUCUCGCAGAGCAACGACUUAACCAAACAUACUCGCUCGCACGUCGGUCAAAAUAUGUACAAGUGUCCGGAAUGCCCGAAAGUAUUUCGAUUGCAAACGGAACUGAGGAAUCAUUCAUACGAACACUACAAUGCGGCGAAAGCAGCUGUUCAAGAAAGUUAGUGUAAUCCAUAAGAUUUAUAUCACAGCUGUGAAUUUUGUCGAUUAAAUGUCUGAUUAAUGUAAUUG